AUGCUGGAAACUAAGGACCCUGCGAUCAAGCUCUUCGGGAAGAAGAUUCCCCUGCCCACCGACAUCGAGGACCUGGGCUUCACUCAGCCUGAAGAGAAAGAAGUAGAUGUAGAAUCAGAAGAAGAGGACGAAGAAGAUGAAGAAGAAGAAGAGGCAGAGACAGAGCAGGAUCCACCUUCAAGAAAAUCUCCUGAGAGCAUGGAUCAAGAUGAUGGUCCUCCAAACACUGAAGACCCAACAAACAUGGGCAUAUUACCAGAUUCUAAUGUGAACCCAAUGCCACUCUCUAUGGAUGAAGAAAGUCCAAAAUCAAACACUUCCAAGACUGAGAAUACUGAAGCAACCAACUCACAAGAGAAAACCCUGAAGAAGCCUGACAAGAUACUUCCAUGCCCCCGCUGCAAUAGCAUGGACACCAAAUUUUGUUACUACAACAAUUACAACGUCAACCAACCACGGCAUUUCUGCAAAGCCUGUCAAAGAUACUGGACUGCAGGCGGUACCAUGAGGAAUGUGCCUGUGGGAGCGGGACGUCGCAAAAACAAGAACUCUGCCUCACAUUAUCGCCACAUCACCAUUUCUGAGGCUCUACAAGCAGCUCAAAUUGAUGCUCCAAAUGGAGCUCACCAUCCUGCAUUGAAAAGCAAUGGCAGAGUCCUCAGCUUCGGAGUGGAUGCCCCCAUUUGUGAUUCCAUGGCUUCUGUUUUAAAUCUUGCAGAUAAAAAGGUUUUGAAUGGUACUCAAAAUGGCUUUCAUAAAAGCGAAGAACGGGUUAUUCCAGCUCCUUGCAAAGGUAGAGAAAAUGGUGAUGAUAGCUCCAGGGCAUCUUCUGCAACAGUUUCAAAACCACAGUUGCAGAAUGUCAAUGGCUUCUCUUCACAAAUUCCUUGUCUUCCGGGUGUUCCUUGGCCUUAUCCAUGGAAUUCAGCAGUUCCCCCACCGGCCUUUUGCCCUCCAGGUUUUCCUUUGUCAUUUUGUCCUGCACCUUAUUGGAACUGUGGUGUCCCUGGCACUUGGAACGUUCCUUGGUUUGGUCCACAACCUGCUUCUCCAAACCAAAAGUCCCCUAGCUCUGGUUCAAAUUCUCCAACGUUGGGGAAGCAUUCAAGGGAUGGGGACAUUCUAAAACCAGAGAGUUUGGAGAAAGAAGAGCCCUCAAAACAGAAAAGUGGUCGUGUUCUGGUUCCAAAAACAUUAAGAAUUGAUGAUCCAAGUGAAGCUGCAAAGAGUUCAAUUUGGGCAACACUUGGGAUCAAGAACGAUUCCAUCAGCGGGGGAGGGCUGUUUAAGGCCUUCCAAUCAAAAAGUGAUCAAAAGAAUAUUGUCUCUGAAACCUCUCCGGCCUUACGAGCAAACCCAGCAGCCUUGUCUAGAUCCCUCAAUUUUCAAGAGAGCUCAUGA